UUUCAGAGGGUUAGAUGGUUUUAUUGCCGCAAUCGCUCCGUUUAACUUCACUGCCAUUGGAGGAAAUCUUGCUACAGCACCAACGCUCGUAGGUAAUGUUAUGUUGUGGAAGCCAUCUAAUUCAGCAUUACUAAGUAGUUAUAUCGUCUUCAAAAUUCUUGAAGAAGCAGGAAUGCCUCCAGGAAUUAUUUCAUUUCUACCAGCAAAUGGGAAAGAUUUCGGUGCUGUUAUAACUAAUAAUAAAUAUUUUGCGGGUUUGAAUUUCACUGGAUCAGUGCCCACAUUUCAAAACUUAUGGUUAGCUGUAGCAAAUAAUCUUCAUAAAUUUAUCAGCUUCCCGAAAAUGGUUGGAGAAUGCGGUGGUAAAAAUUUUCAUUUCGUUCAUCACUCAGCAAACUUGGAUGUGGCUGCCGCUUGUACUGUGCGAUCAGCUUUUGAAUAUUCUGGGCAAAAAUGUAGCGCAUGUUCACGUUUAUUUGUUCCAAAAAGUCUUUGGCCGUCUUUACGCGAAAAAAUGAUGGUGAUUCAAAAAGAACUGAAAGUUGGCGAUGUGCGUGACGGCUCAAUUUUCACCAGUGCCGUUAUUGAUGCACAAGCAUACGAUCGAAUUAUUUCCUAUAUUGAGCACGCUCGUAGUGGUGCUGAUGGAGCUGAAAUCAUCUUUGGAGGUACUUACGACAACUCCAAAGGCUUCUUUAUUCAGCCUACACUUGUUACUGUUAUUAACUGGGAUUCAAAACUUCUUACUGAAGAAAUUUUUGGUCCCUUACUUACGGCAUUCAUAUAUGAUGAUAACGACACGAUGAAAAUAGUUGAGUCUUUACGAGAUGGUACCAUUUUUGGGCUUACAGGAGCAAUUUUCGCACAGGACAAGAAUUUUUUGAAUACUGCUCGCGAUAAGCUUCGAGAUGCAGUUGGAAAUAUGUAUCUAAAUGAUAAAUCAACCGGUGCAGUCGUUGGACAACAACCUUUUGGUGGCAGUCGUAUGAGUGGUACGAAUGAUAAAGCAGGUGGUCCUCACUAUGUUUUGAAAUGGUCUUCACCAUUAUGUAUCAAGGAAACCUUGGUAGCAAUGGAUGAAUGGAGAUAUCCGUCCAUGGAUUAA